AAAGCGCUGCAGCAGUGCGAGCUCGUCCAGAACAUGAUCGACAUCAGCAUCUCCAACCUGGAGGGGCUGCGCACCAAAUGCGCCACGUCCAACGACCUCACGCAGAAGGAGAUCCGCACCUUGGAGAGCAAACUGGUGAAGUACUUCAGCCGCCAGCUCUCGUGCAAGAGGAAAGUGGCCCUCCAGGAACGCAAUGCCAAGCUCGAGGGCUUCCCGCAGCUGCUGCACUGGUUCCGCAUCGUCAACGUCCGCAAGGAGGUCAUGGAGGAAAUCACUCCCGGCCAGUUGAACCUGGAGGACCUUCUGGAAAUGACGGACGAGCAGGUCUGCAUGACGGUGAAGAAGUUUGGGGCCAACCAGGAAGAAUGCGCAAGGCUCAACGCCUCCCUCUCCUGCCUCCGGAGCGUCCAUAAAUCAGGUGGUAGCCUUUCCAAGCAAGAUUGGACGAUCCAGUGGCCGGCAACGACUGAGACGGGCAAGGAGAACAACUCCGUGUGCCAAUCGGAAUCCAUGCAGUGGAUUCGAACCCACCUCUCUCCGAGCCCCAAAGCUCAGUCCAAAUGCACCCAGCACUACUGCCACUCGGCCUUGCAGCAUGGACCGGGGUAUGCCCAUGUGGACAGGCUGGCUGUGGAAGGCUUCCCAGGGCUGUUCCCGCCGCUGGAGUCCGGCCACCGCUCCUUGCCCCCUUCCCCGCGGCAGCGGCAUGCUGCCCAUACCCCGCCACGCACCCCUAACAUCGUCACCACCAUGACGCCGCCAGGCACACCGCCAGUCAGGAGGAGGAACAAGGGGAAGCCCCCGGGGACGCCACCCCCAUCCUCCCGGAAACUCAUCCACCUUUUCCCAGGCUUCACCACCUUGCACCGCAGCAAGUCCCAUGAAUUCCAGCUGGGCAAUCGCGUGGAUGAGGCUCACACACCCAAAGCUAAGAAAAAGAACAAGCCGCUGAACCUCAAGAUCCACAACAGCGUUGGGAGCUGCGAGAACAUCCCUGCCCAGCGCUCCCCGCUUCUCUCAGAGCGUUCGCUGCGGUCUUUCUUCGUCGGACACCCGCCUUUCCUCCCUUCCACCCCUCCUGUCCACACGGAUGGCACCUUCUCCACUAAUACACUCUCAGUACCUCGCUGGUCCCCGCAAAUUCCUCGACGGGAUCUUGGAAACUCAAUCAAACACAGGUUUUCCACCAAGUAUUGGAUGUCUCAGACAUGCACUGUCUGUGGGAAAGGAAUGUUGUUUGGACUGAAAUGUAAAAACUGCAAGCUAAAGUGCCACAACAAAUGUACCAAAGAGGCCCCGCCAUGUCACCUGCUGAUCAUCCACCGUGGUGAUCCAGCAAGGUUAGUCCGGACAGAAUCUGUGCCAUGUGAUAUUAACAACCCAUUGAGGAAGCCCCCCAGAUACUCGGACCUGCACGUCAGCCAGACGCUUCCCAAAACCAACAAAAUCAACAAGGACCACAUUCCGGUACCCUACCAGCCUGAUUCCAGCAGCAACCCCUCCUCGACGACGUCAUCCACGCCCUCCUCACCAGCGCCACCUCUGCCGCCCAGUGCCACGCCGCCCUCUCCCCUGCACCCCUCCCCGCAGUGCACGCGGCAGCAGAAGCAGUUCAACUUGCCAGCUUCUCAUUACUACAAAUACAAGCAGCAAUUCAUCUUCCCAGAUGUGCCCGAGACGCCCACCCGAGCACCCCAAGUCAUCCUCCAUCCAGUGAAUUCUAACCCAAUCCUGGAAGGAAACCCAUUACUUCAAAUUGAAGUGGAACCAACCUCUGAGAAUGAACAGGGAAACGACGAGGAAUCGGAGGACGAUUUUGAGGAGAUGAACCUCUCGCUCCUCUCUGCCCGCAACUUCCCCCGCAAGGCCAGCCAGACCAGCAUCUUCCUCCAGGAGUGGGACAUCCCCUUUGAGCAGCUGGAGAUUGGCGAGCUGAUUGGAAAGGGCCGCUUUGGGCAGGUCUUUCAUGGCCGCUGGCAUGGCGAGGUGGCCAUCCGCCUGAUAGACAUUGAGCGCGAUAACGAGGACCAGCUGAAAGCCUUCAAGAGGGAAGUGAUGGCAUACAGGCAGACGCGGCACGAGAACGUGGUGCUGUUCAUGGGGGCUUGCAUGAGCCCUCCCCACCUGGCUAUCAUCACCAGCUUGUGCAAAGGACGGACACUCUACUCGGUGGUGAGAGAUGCCAAGAUCGUCCUGGAUGUCAACAAAACAAGGCAGAUUGCUCAAGAGAUCGUCAAGGGAAUGGGCUAUCUCCACGCCAAAGGCAUCCUUCACAAGGACCUCAAGUCUAAAAAUGUUUUCUAUGACAAUGGGAAGGUAGUGAUCACAGACUUCGGCCUCUUCAGCAUCUCAGGGGUUCUGCAAGCAGGCAGGAGAGAAAACAAACUGCGGAUCCAGAACGGCUGGUUGUGCCAUUUAGCCCCGGAGAUCAUCCACCAGCUCUCCCCUGACACAGAAGAAGACAAACUUCCUUUCUCCAAGCACUCAGAUGUCUUCGCCCUUGGCACCAUCUGGUAUGAACUGCACGCUCGGGAAUGGCCAUUCAAGACGCAACCUGCCGAGGCCAUAAUUUGGCAAGUUGGCCGAGGGAUGAAGCCGAAUCUCAGCCAGAUUGGCAUGGGCAAGGAGAUCUCAGACAUCCUUCUCUUUUGCUGGGCCUUCGAGCAAGAGGAGCGGCCGACCUUCACCAAGCUGAUGGAGAUGCUGGAGAAAUUGCCAAAGCGGAACCGUCGCCUUUCUCACCCCGGACACUUCUGGAAGUCAGCAGAGUAA